AUGGUGAACGUAUAUCUCGCAUCGGACCCGAACUUCAUGUUGCCAUGGACCAGUUUCAUCCUCGGCCUCUUCAUCGGUGCAACUGGACUGUGCUUCGAUCUGGCGAGCGACCUUUUGCACAGCGCAGUGGAGCCAAAGGGGCACUCCGAAGACCAAUCCACGAACCCACGGCAAAUCCACACCUCUGCACGAGUGGUCAAAUUCAUCAAGAAUGAAGCUGGGCCUCAGACAGACAAUAUACCGCAACCAGUUGAUGGUAUUGUUCAGGAGCCGGAGAUUCUUCAGUCUGCGAUUUUUCUUGGCGACAAAUCACGCAGCAAAGAGCCCGACAUGGAGCGUUCCGAUCCACUUUCCGCCCCUGGCAAACACCCAGAUAGCCUUGACGAUUUGUGUGAUCUGGAGAGUUACGUCUACGAACAAGAGGCUGAUCGGCCUUUCACGCUCCAAAAUCUUCUUAUAGACCCAAUUUGCGAAUUGCAUUGCAGGCCAUCAUACAGUGUUUCAUCAACACACCACUUCCGAAUGGCAAGAAUCCAGGCUCCGCUACCAAACCAUCUCAGAUAUAGAUAUAAGAAUUGGUUGACUUCCUCAAGUUGUUCAUGUGUCGCUACGCUGUCAGCGAAGGGCAUGUUAACCUGCUUGAUCAACACUACAUUCGAGAUCUCAGCGAAAAGGCUCGGACGAAGUUAG